CCAACUCCUCUCCUUUCUACAACCCAACUCCUCUCCCUACACCGUGCUACCUCCCCGGCAUCCUCAUACUCCCAUAUCCCUCAAUUGGCUUAUCAUCGCAAAUUACGUAGAAAAUGGCGAUUACCAAGAUCCAUGCCCGCUCGGUCUACGACUCUCGCGGAAACCCUACCGUUGAGGUCGAUGUCGUGACGGAGACCGGUCUUCACCGCGCUAUCGUCCCAUCCGGUGCCUCGACUGGUCAACAUGAGGCCUGCGAGCUUCGCGAUGGUGACAAGAGCAAGUGGCUCGGAAAGGGUGUAUUGACUGCCGUAAAGAAUGUCAAUGAGACCAUUGGCCCCGCGAUCAUCAAGCACGGCGUCGAUGUCAAGGAUCAGUCGAAGGUCGACGAGUUCCUGAACAAGCUCGACGGGACCCCGAACAAGUCUAAACUCGGUGCCAACGCCAUCCUCGGGGUCAGUUUGGCCAUUGCGAAGGCCGGCGCUGCUGAGAAGGGUGUCCCCCUCUACGCCCACGUUUCUGACCUUGCCGGCACCAAGAAGCCAUACGUCUUGCCUGUCCCGUUCCAAAAUGUGCUGAACGGCGGUUCUCACGCUGGUGGCCGUUUGGCUUUCCAGGAAUUUAUGAUUGUUCCAAGUACUGCCCCUUCGUUCUCUGAGGCCCUGCGCCAAGGGACUGAAGUAUAUCACAAACUGAAAGCCCUGGCCAAGGAGAAGUAUGGGCCCUCUGCCGGCAACGUUGGUGACGAGGGUGGUGUUGCCCCCGACAUCCAAACAGCCGAAGAGGCUCUUGAUUUGAUCACCGAAGCCAUUGAGCAGGCUGGAUACACCGGCAAGGUCAAGAUCGCCAUCGAUGUCGCCUCGAGCGAGUUUUACAAGACCGAUGAGAAGAAAUAUGAUCUCGACUUCAAGAAUCCGGAUAGCGAUAAGAGCAAGUGGCUCACGUAUGAGCAGCUGGCCGACCUGUAUAAGCAGUUGGCUAGCAAGUAUCCAAUCGUCAGCAUUGAGGAUCCCUUCGCUGAGGAUGAUUGGGAGGCCUGGAGCUAUUUCUUCAAGACAGCCGAUUGCCAGAUUGUUGGCGACGAUAUAACCGUCACAAAUCCUCUCCGCAUCAAGAAGGCCAUCGAGCUCAAAGCCUGCAACGCCCUUCUCCUCAAAGUGAACCAGAUCGGCACCUUGACUGAAUCCAUCCAGGCCGCCAAGGACUCUUACGCAGCCGGAUGGGGUGUGAUGGUCUCCCACCGCUCCGGCGAGACGGAGGAUGUCACCAUUGCUGAUAUCGUCGUUGGUCUACGCGCAGGCCAGAUUAAGACCGGCGCGCCCGCACGCUCAGAGCGGUUGGCGAAGCUGAACCAGAUUUUGAGGAUUGAGGAGGAGUUGGGAUCUAAUGCGGUCUAUGCGGGGGAGAAGUUCAGAAACGCCGUGGAGAUGUAGAUGGCGAGCAAAGAGGGGGAAAAAAAAUUACUCCGUGGGCUUUUGUUGAUAUGAAGGAAUGUUAGGAGAGGCUAUUGGGUAGUAGCUAUGAAAUAACAUUGCAACCCGGAAUUAAUGGAUGGAUAUCCAGUGGAAAACCGUUUCUUGGCCCUUUUGUCCUUUUGGCUUGGAAUGUUGUGAUUUAGUUAUCUGCAAGCCGUGGGACCGUGGCUGGUGGGCAUGUAAUCAAGGAUACAAAGUGCAAC